CCACCGUACCAUCAGGAGACGGGACUCAGGCCCACCCACUCCCACCUCCUCCGUCUUCUCAUGGACUGUGUAGGCAUCUGUCUGGUAACUCUUGUCCACUCCACCUGGCCUUCAGGGGGUUCCCUGGCUGUGUCCUGUGUCACACAGGCUGCCUGCUGGCCUGUCCCCAGACUACAGUGUCUGUGGCCUCAGGACAUGGGGACGUGAGGCUGUGGACAGGGCUGAGGCCACUGUGGGCCUGUAUGGUGACACUUUCUGGAGGCCCCAGCUCCUCCUCCUAGGAAGGUCCUCCCCCUGCUCCUUCCCCUGCUCCUCCUCCUGGGCUGUCCUGGCUGCUUCCCCCAGCAGGCUGGCUGUCUGGUCUCUCAGAAACAUCUGUGGGAGCUGCAAUGUCCGGGCUGCCAGGGGAUGAAGACGGCCCAGCCCUGAAUUCUGGGCGGGGUGGCUACCGCAUAUACCGGCGCCGCUGGCUCUUCCUGCUGGUGGUCAGCCUGCUCAGCUGCUCCAAUGCCACACUGUGGCUCAGCUUUGCUCCCGUGGCUGACACGGUGGCCCGGCGCUUCCUCCUCUCCAUGGAGCAGAUCAACUGGCUCUCGCUGGUCUACCUCGUGGUGUCCAUCCCAGCGGGCCUGGGCGCCACCUGGGUUCUUGACACUGCUGGGCUGCGCUGGGCGACGCUCCUGAGCGCCUGGCUGAACGUGGCGGGGAGUGCGCUGCGAGCCCUGCCCUGCGUGCUGCCGACCCCCGGCGCCCCGUUUGCCUUCCUCCUGGGCGGGCAGAGCCUCUGUGCCCUGGCCCAGACCCUGGUGGUCUUCUCUCCAGCCAAGCUGGCCGCCCUGUGGUUUCCCGAACACCAGCGAGCCUUGGCCAACACUGUGGCCACCAUGUCAAACCCGCUGGGCGUCCUGGUGGCCAACCUGCUGUCGCCUGCUCUGGUCAGAGAGGAGAACGAUGUCCCCAUCAUGCUGGGCAUCUACAUCCUUCCUGCCGCCCUGGCCUGCCUGCUGGCCACCACAUGCUUAUGGGAGAGUGUGCCCCCCAGCCCACCCUCCGCAGGGGCUUCCCAGUCCUCCUCCUCCUCCCAGAGUUUCUGCACUGGGAUGAAGCUGCUUGUGAGGAACAAGGCCUAUGUGCUCCUGGCCCUGUGUUUUGGGGGCGGUGUCGGCAUCUUCUCCAGCUUCUCAGCCCUGCUGGAGCAGGUGCUCUGCGUCCAGGGUUACUCCAAC